GGGGAUUUUCCCAUACUUCUACAAGAUACGUUUACACUUUACACUAUGCAUCCUAUCAUCAAAUAACACUUCAAAAAAACAUAGACGGAAGGUUGAAACCAGUGGUGAAAAAGGAAAAAUGUUGGAAGCUAAGAGCCUGAGAAAAGCAGUGGUGGCACCAUCUCUUCUGGAAAAUCCCUCUGCUGCAAACCUUCAGUCUACUCGCCUCGCUCUUCAUGUUGAUGGCGGCGGUUCUUCUUGCAGGGUUUACAUCGCCUCUGGAUGCUCCAUUUACAGUGUUCAGAUAUCAAUGGAAGAUUCUUUGGUCAACAAAGGAAAAGAAAGCCUCUUGAUUCCUGUAAGCGCACAGGUUAUGGACUCAUCCUUAGUUAAUCGGUGCCCUCAUCGAUCGGAAAUUCAGAGUAUAGUGCUUGCUGAAACUGAGAGUCCUGACUGCUUAAUUUUGGGAAGCGUGGAUUCUUAUGGUCAUCUUAUUGUAUCUCAAUUGGAUCCUAGUAGUAAAGAUGUUAACAGGGUUACACUUUCAGUAUUGCCUCGGGAUUGUGGUGUUGGAGAGGGUAGUUGGGCAGGGCUCUGCUUCAGUCCAAGUCAAUGGUCCAUGGCUGCUGUAGCACGUAGCUUCUGUAAAAGCAUUGAUGUCUAUGACCAAGAUAUUCAUCUUCGGACUCUACGUACGUUGUGGUAUCCAUCUUCAUUGGACUUUAUGCAAAACUUAAGUAAUGGGAAUGAAAGAUCUAUAUUAGCUGUCACUGAAGGCUGUCAGCUGACAAUAUGGGACUUAAGAAUGAAAGAGAAUGGCGGUUGUGUGCAUCGAAUUUGUGGUCCCCUUGGAGAUAUCUUCUAUGCUGUCACUAGUUCUUCAACUGGUAGUAUUGCAGUGGGUGGUGCUGACCGUACUGUUACCAUCUAUGAUCCUCGCAGAUGGUCAGCAUUAUCAAGAUGGGUGCAUUGCUCAAAAUAUGAGAUAACUGGACUUGCUUUCUCAUCAAGUGACCCUGAUUACAUCUACAUACAAGGGGUUGAUUAUGAGGUCUUUUGUGGACAAUGGAAUGAAAAUAAGAAGGUAUUUUCAUUUAGAGGAGAUUCAAACUGGCUUGGAUUCAGUAAGUGCCCCAACAGAGAUGUCUUAGGUGGGUGGUGCGAUUCAGGUAGCAUCUUUGUGGCUGAUGUUGAAGCAAAGGAGAACAAAGUAGAUGCUCUGGAAGGUUCCCCUAAUGGAUUGCCCUAAUCCUCGACCGUCUUCUUAACUUUGAAGCUGCUUCCAACUUUCCCAAGAAUUCAAUGUCAAAGAAGCCAGUUAAAGUCAAAAGCCGCCUUCAUCAAGGUCAAGUGGACACCCAAGCUCUGGUCAAGCUGUUUAUUUAAUAAUUAUAAUCCAUUCUUCUAGGAAAAAUUAAAAUUGUUGUUUUAUGCAUUCAGUUUCCUGCAAUUCAGCAUCAGCCUCAUUUGUGGGGUUUGACCACCUUGUGGGGCUCAAUGCAUUGAAGAUUACACAUCUUUUGUGAUUUGUAUUAUAAGGGUUUUCGAGUUUUGCUUGUGAUACA